CUCGGUUCCUGUACGAGGUACUCCGUAGCUACGUCUCGGCUGGUAAGCUACCCACAUAUGACGUUGUCGUUUUCGCCACCGAACGGAUCCUAUAACAACAUCUAAUCCACCACCUAUUUACUACCAACGUACCACCCAAGUCUCUUCUUUACUUCGUCCCAUCUAUCUCUAUCUAUCAAAGAAUAAAAACACAUAAAACACCCUGCUCUCAAAAUGCCACACAAAGACGAUACCUCAUCCAACACCGGCGCCGACCGCGGAUCCGGAUCCGUGAACCGCCUCAGCGCAACAGGAAACACCCUCAGCGGAUCCUCAGUCUUCGGCUCUGGCAUGGACGAAGCCACUGGCUCUGUCCCGGAAUAUCUAGCUACGGGCGCGGAGGAAGACAGGCCCUUGAGUAAGGAGGAAGCGGACAGAUUGUAUGAGGAGAGGAUCGAGGAGGAAUAUGCCAAGCGGGAGGGAGGUGCUUGAUGCGUUUUUGUGACGUUGCUUUGUAUAUAAUUUGUGUGAUAUACCAAAUUGAUUGCACAUGCUUUGAAGUACGGAGGA